ACUCCCAGCCAUUAGGGACGAGGGAGCGGAGCCGCGGCUCCCGGCGUCCAGAAGUGGGAGGGUCUCUGUUGCCAGAGUAACCGGGCGUCGGUGUUGGUGCUGGUGUCUUUCUCCUUAAGGCGUUACCUGGUUCCUUGUGCUGAACUCCUGAGACUAUGAAUCAUAGUGAAAGAUUUGUUUUCAUUACCGAGUGGUAUGAUCCAAACGCUUCACUUUUUCGACGUUAUGAGCUUUUAUAUUACCCAGGGGAUGGAUCUGUUGAAAUGCAUGAUGUGAAGAACCAUCGCACCUUUUUAAAGAGGACCAAAUACGAUGACCUUCAGUUGGAAGAUUUAUUUAUAGGCAACAAAGUGAAUAUCUUUUCUCGACAACUGGUGCUCCUCGACUAUGGAGAUCAGUAUACAGCUCGCCAGUUGGGCAGUAGGAAAGAAAAAACGUUAGCCCUGAUUAAACCAGAUGCAAUAUCAAAAGCUGGAGAAAUAAUUGAAAUAAUAAAUAAAGCUGGAUUUACUAUAACCAAACUCAAAAUGAUGAUGCUUUCAAGGAAAGAAGCAACAGAUUUUUAUGUUGACCAUCAGUCGAAGCCCUUUUUUAAUGAGUUGAUCCAGUUUAUUACAAGUGGUCCCAUUAUUGCCCUGGAGAUUUUAAGAGAUGAUGCCAUAUGUGAAUGGAAGAGACUUCUAGGACCUGCCAACUCUGGGAUGGCACGCACAGAAACUCCUGGAAGCAUCAGAGCCCUCUUUGGAACCGAUGGCUUAAGAAAUGCAGCUCAUGGCCCUGACUCUUUCGCUUGUGCUGCCAGAGAGGUGGAGUUAUUUUUCCCUUCGAGUGGAGUUUGUGGGCCGGCAAACACUGCUAAAUUUACCAACUGUACCUGUUGCAUUGUUAAGCCCCAUGUGGUCGGUGACGGAAUGCUGGGAAAAAUUCUGAUGGCUAUCCGAGAUGCCGGUUUUGAAAUCUCAGCUAUGCAGAUGUUCAACAUGGAUCGAGUUAAUGUUGAAGAGUUUUAUGAAGUUUAUAAAGGAGUCGUGUCCGAAUAUAACGAGAUGGUGACAGAAAUGUUUUCUGGCCCUUGCGUAGCAAUGGAGAUUCAACAAAAUGACCCCACAAAAACGUUUCGAGAAUUCUGUGGACCUGCUGAUCCUGAAAUUGCCCGGCAUUUACGUCCUGGAACUCUCAGAGCCAUCUUUGGUAAAACUAAGAUCCAGAACGCUGUUCACUGUACCGACCUGCCAGAGGAUGGCCUGUUAGAGGUUCAGUAUUUCUUCAAGAUCUUGGAUAAUUAGGAGCGGAGAAAGUACAGAAGUCCCACAAUGGGACAUUUAGACAAGAGUGACGCGUGCACAUGAGGAAUGUUCAUUCGUUUAUUGUCCAUUGUUUUCACCUGACUGAAUACACGGUCGAUUGUUACAUAUGUGAGGACAUGGGUUUGCACUGCAGACAACAUUGAACACCAGUCUAUGGGGCACUGCGUUGCUUUUUAUAAAGUCCAAAAUAAAGAUUUAUUUUUCAAACAAGUGACUUUGGUUUAUUUCAUACAUUACACUUUUUUCUUGCAGAAAAAAAUAAAAUCGUACAACUGCAUAAAUAUAAAAUUCUUCCACCAUGAAAAUGGUUAAAACAUUCAUGAAGACACAGCACCAGCAAGUGAUGCCUCCAGAGAAAAGGAAAGUAAAAGAAAACGUACAAAGCAAAUCAACUCGCCUGAUCACUGGCCAAAGUGACGGGAGAGCCAGGCCUCCCACACAGCGUCAGAACAUCCUGGAGGACAACGUAAUUGAUGGCAAGAUGGCAUUCACCACAAAGCAUGACACUGCCCAUCACAGCUGGGUUUCUCUGUAGUGUCACUUAAACUUGAAAGGGCAGUUCCCCGUGACAACCCACCCCACCCCCCACCAGCCCCAGGGGGAAAAAAAAAGACCUAAGACCACAGGCAAAAGACUAUGGAGUGUGUUAAAAAUACUCGUUGAUGGGUCAUUAAUGAUCUUUGAAAGAGCCAGCCCCCCCGCCCCCAACAACAACAACAAAAAAAACAAAGUACCAUGCCAGUUUUAUUCCCAUUGCAUAUUUACACCUUGGACAGCAAACCUUGCUCACAGAAAGUAGAAAACAGA